AUGGCUAAGACCUUCUCAAUGUCUAUUCUCUCACUUUGCUUACUUCUUCAUUUCUUCUUAGCAAAGUGCACAAGGCUUCCCCUUGUCCCAGCUUUUUACAUAUUUGGAGAUUCAUUAGUAGAUAGUGGAAACAAUAAUCAAUUUUCCACAAGUGCGAAAGUGAACUUUAAACCAUAUGGCAUAGACUUCCCAGAUGGUACAACAGGAAGAUUCACCAAUGGCAGGACUUCUGCAGAUUUUCUAGCUCAGUUUCUAGGGUUACCUUAUGGUCCUCCAUACAAUGGUCUUUCAGACUCUCAAAAGAGUGAAAUAACAACCGGAAUGAAUUACGCAUCAGGAUCGGCUGGUAUUCUUCGAGAAACAGGAUCUGCACUGGGGAAGAACUUACCCCUAGAGGUACAAGUUCAGUUGUUCAAAGAAACUGUUAACAAUUACUUGCCACGAAACUUCAAAACCAAAGAUGAACUCUUGCAGUACUUAUCCAAAUCCAUUUUUGGGGUAGUCAUAGGAGGCAAUGACUAUAUCAACAACUAUCUCAAACCAGAAAAAUACAACAGUAGCCACUUAUACAAUGCCGAACAAUUCUCCGGCAUUCUCUUGAAAGGACUCAAACAACAUUUACAGGAUCUUUAUAAUUUGGGAGCAAGGAAAUUUAUGGUAUUCAACCUUAGCCCAAUUGGAUGUAUACCAGCCAUGGCAAAAUUAAAAAAGGUUGCAGGUGCAUGUGCUGAUGAUAUAAAUGAGUUGGUAUCCCCAUACAAUAAGGGCUUUCCCAGUAUGAUAGAUGAACUGAGCACUAGUCUUCAAGGCUCAACCUUUGUUCAAGGCAAUGUAGGCAUUCCCACUAUCUUACAAGAUCUGGUCAAUUCUCUUCAUGGCUCACCCAUUAUUCAGGAACACAUUAAUUUUCUCUCAGGCUUCUUAAGCAAUAUUCCUAUGCUAAAAGGAUUUAUUACUGCAAACCCAUGUUGUGUCACAAACAGUGAAACUCACCAAUGCCUUGAAGAUGUACCACCUUGCACGGAUACGGUUACCCAUCUCUUCUGGGAUGAAAUCCAUCCAACACAAACGGUGGACCUGCUGCUUGCAGUUGGUUGCUUCUAUGGUCCUUUACCAUGUACUCCAAUGAAUUUGUUGCAGCUUGCUCUUAAACAAUAAGGCACAGCUUCACAGUAGUCAUUU